GUUUUCUAAACUCGCCUUCUGGAUUUCAUCAUCUACAGUUCCUCUCUCCUCUCUCUCCAACCGUUUUCUCUCUCUAAAACAACCGGAAAACCGCUCUGUUUGCCGUAAAACCGCCAUCUCGUCGGUAUUACAUCCAGUAUUCACUCCCGGACCUCUUUACGGAGGCGUUAUUUACAAUGAGUGCGCUUACAGAAACGUAGACGCACUAUUGCCGUUAUUAUUGUGCGGUUUUUUCGAGAUUACAGUGUUUAACCGGUGAAAUCUUCCGAUCUCUUGGUCCUGUAGCUGUUUUAAGAGAAUGUGCCGGAGAUAUUGGCUGAGAUCGUGAGUUAGGGCUGAGAUUUGUGGUUGUUGCGUUUCGUAUGCUCGUUUUCUCUUCAUCUGUUUCGUUUUUAUGGGGGAAGGAAGGAUUUGUUUUUCUAGAGAGGCAAAACUAGAAUUUUUGAAGCAUAAACGACUUCAGCGAAUUAAAGCAGGUGCGAUAAAUGACAGUGCAAAUGUGAUGAACCUGAUGACUAGAAGUAGUGGAGAUGCUUUAAGAGGUUCUGUGGCAUGUGGUGUGAGAUCAUUUGUCAAUACGGAUGUAUCAGCACAAUCCGGUGGUGCUGUAUAUGGGAGAGAUGCCAUAUCAAAUCAAAAGGUUGAAAAGUUUGACGCGACUGAUCUUGAUUGGACAGAUAAGAUGCCAGAGUGCCCGGUCUAUUAUCCAAGUAAGGAACAGUUUGAGGACCCUUUGGCGUACCUGCAAAAGAUCGCCCCGGAUGCUUCAAAAUAUGGUAUAUGCAAGAUUGUUUCGCCUUUGAGUGCUUCUGUUCCCGCAGGUGUGGUUUUGAUGAAAGAGAAAGCUGGCUUUAGGUUUACAACUAGAGUGCAGCCUCUUCGUCUUGCUGAGUGGAAUACUGAGGAUAAGGUUACCUUUUACAUGAGUGGAAGAAACUAUACAUUCCGUGAUUUUGAGAAAAUGGCGAACAAGGUUUUUACCCGUAGAUAUUAUAGUUCUGGAUGUCUUCCUGCUACUUAUUUGGAAAAAGAAUUUUGGGGUGAAAUUGCUUCUGGAAAGACUGAAAGUGUUGAGUAUGCAUGUGAUGUUGAUGGCAGUGCAUUUUCAUCUUCUCCCACUGAUGAACUUGGAAAUAGCAAUUGGAAUUUGAAGAAAGUUGCACGAUUGUCCAGAUCGAUCUUACGCCUGCUUGAAACAACAAUUCCGGGAGUUACUGAACCAAUGCUAUACAUAGGUAUGCUGUUCAGCAUGUUUGCUUGGCAUGUAGAAGACCAAUACUUAUACAGCAUUAAUUACCAUCAUUGUGGAGCUGCAAAAACCUGGUACGGUGUUCCUGGUCAUGCUGCACUGGAUUUUGAAAAAGUUGUUCGACAAAAGGUGUAUAAUCAAGAUAUAUUGUCAACUGAAGGGGAAGACGGUGCUUUCGAUGUUUUAUUAGGAAAAACAACCUUGUUUCCUCCUAAUGUUUUGUCACAACAUGGUGUUCCAGUUUACAAGGCUGUACAAAAGCCCGGGGAAUAUGUUGUCACAUUCCCCCGUGCAUAUCAUGCAGGAUUUAGUCACGGUUUUAAUUGUGGUGAGGCUGUGAAUUUUGCUAUUGGUGAUUGGUUCCCGUUGGGAUCACUAGCGACUCGCCGUUAUUCACUUCUCAACCGGACACCUCUGAUUCCUCAUGAAGAACUGUUGUGUAAAGAAGCGAUGCUUAUUUCAUCAGCUACUGCUUAUAAAGAUUCAGACUGUUGUGUAGAUAUCGCAUCUAAACUUUGCAUUAAGGCCUCAUUUAUGAAUUUAAUACGCUUCCAACAUCGUGCUCGUUGGUGUUUAAUGAGAUCAAGAGGGUGCAUGGGUGUUUCCCAACAUUCUCAUGGAACCAUUCUUUGCAGUGUUUGCAAACAUGACUGUUAUGUUGCUUAUAUCAACUGCAACUGCUAUUUGCAUCCUGUCUGCCUUCGCCAUGAGUUGAAGUCACUUGACUUGCCUUGUGGAACAAACUUUACACUCUCUGUAAGGGAUGAACUCUUUGAUAUGGAGUCAGCUUCCAAAAUGUUCGAAGAUGAUAAUGAUAUCACCAAUGAGGUUAAACGUCAAUUUAGAAACGAAAGCGACACGAUUCUGCUUUCUAAAUUGUACCCACUAGCUGAAAACGAUGGCUACAGUCUAUAUUGCAAGAUUGAGCUCGAGCCCGGUUGCAAUUUCAAACAGUCUGUUCCUGCUGCUGAAACCUGUUCCCUACGUAAUCAUACUGUCAGAGAUUAUAACGACGAAUCUGACUCAGAAGAGAUAUUUAGGUUCAAACGGCGUUCAUCCUUGAAAACACAACACAGAAAACUGACAAAUUCUGUCCCUUCGAAACUGGAACAUCAGGGGCUUAGGCGGUUAAAGAAAGUAGAACCCGGAAGCAGUUCCGUCUUCAUUAGUAAGUACAAGAAAAUGGGAGUUGAAGAAAAGAAACCUAGUCCGAAACGACUUAAAGUAAAAGGCAACUUAAGUACAGGUUCCUUUGAAUACAAACAAGCAUCUUAGACAAUCAUUGACUUUAGCUAACAUGGAUUCAAUUGAAGUUGUAACAACACAGAGAAAAGUACAUGAAGCAGGAGAGAUCUAACCCACAUUGGUAGAUGAAACAGAAAUAUAUUCUUUUGUUAAAAAAAUUAAUUACAUUUUUAAUGUAAGUAGGUUGGCAUUAGCAGUUGUUUAGAUGUACAUUAACAGUUGAUCAAUUGUUAAUGAGGUUAAAAUGGUUAUUAAUAAUGAUACCAUGGAACCCUGUUUCUUGUUCAAUUUGUAAAAUUGCCAAAAAGGCUUUGGAAUUUAGAGAACUGAUAAAGCAUAGGUUAUCCUUAAUUGUAUUUCCAAACACAUUUUUUAAUAAUUUGUUCUUAAUUUUUUUAAA